UCGGCUCAGCGGGGAGGCAGCGGCGCCAUGGCCCCUCUGGGGUCGGACCGAGUGGGCUACUGGGGCCCCACCACGUCCACCCUGGACUGGUGCGAAGAGAACUACGCCGUGUCCUUCUACGUGGCCGAGUUCUGGAAUACACUGAGUAACCUGAUUAUGAUUUUACCUCCAAUCUAUGGUGCCAUUCAGACAGUCAGAGAUGGACUGGAAAAGCGGUACAUAGCUUCCUAUUUGGCUCUUACAGUGGUAGGAUUGGGAUCGUGGUGCUUCCACAUGACUCUGCAGUAUGAAAUGCAGCUAUUGGAUGAACUACCCAUGAUCUACAGCUGUUGUAUUUUUGUCUACUGCAUGUUUGAAAGUUUCAAGGCCAAGAACACAGUCAAUUACCACCUGAUUUUUAUAUUGGUGCUAUUCAGCUUAAUAGUAACCACAGUUUACCUAAAAGUUAAAGAGCCCAUAUUUCACCAGGUCAUGUAUGGACUAUUGGUUUUUGCUCUAGUACUGCGGUCUAUUUAUAUUGUUACAUGGGUAUAUCCAUGGCUUAGAGGACUGGGUUAUACAUCCUUAGGCAUAUUUUUACUGGGAUUUUUCCUUUGGAAUGUAGACAACAUAUUUUGUGAAUCACUGAGGAGCUUUCGAACAAAGGUGCCACCUUUUGUGGGUGUUUUUACGCAGCUACAUGCUUGGUGGCACAUUCUUACUGGCCUUGGCUCUUAUCUUCACAUCCUUUUCAGCUUGUACACAAGGACACUUUAUCUGAGGUACAGGCCAAAGGUGAAGUUUCUCCUCGGGAUAUGGCCCACGAUCCUGGUCGAGCCACCGAAGAAGCACAUAUGAGAAGAGGUCCCACGAAGAAAGCACAACCACGCACCGCCGGCCUGGUUGCCUUGGGAGAUAGUCCCCAGACUUUUCAAGCUUCCGUAUUAAACAUUGGACCAGCCCUUGUGGUGCAAGGAUGAAUGUCUGACCAAUACCACCAGGCCAGAAACGAGAGUGAGAAAUGGCACACGGCGCUUAGUGUGUCAUUGUCUCCCUCGCACUGUCUAAAAGGACACCCGUGUGAUUUUCAUGUAUAUAUUGGAGUGCUGCAGAAAUUGGGCUUCUAUAAUGAGCUGGUCAUCAGUCAUUGUCCAGUGGUCACUAGACAGCCGCUUUUCCCCCUUUGAUCGGGCCUGAUCUCUACUAGGUAACUUUUCCCUGUGGUUUUAAAGGAAUAUGCAGUCGAAUAAUGGAAAUUGCUGGCUAGAGUGGCGCCGGCCUAAGUAUCUCCCUCAGUGCUGAGUAGUGAACUUACUACCUAUGUACAUGCCCGCCUUCAUUCGGACACUUGUAGAAGGAAGCUAAGAAGGCCGUUGCCAAAUGAGAGGGUCCAUCCCCAGGGUUGGCUUGAGCUCUGCCUCUUGGCCAGGGUUGUUUCUGCUCUCCUUGGGAGCCACACGUCCUUCCACCCCAUCAUGCAGGCACUUUCCACCCAGCACUGGCCCGUCCCGGACCACACGCUCCCCUCCCCAGAGCUCUAAGUAUGUCAGGGCCUCCAUGGCCCGGCUCACCCCGUCUCGUGUCCCUCUGGCCCAGGGCCCAAGUCACAAAUCAGUCACUGACAGUCCUCCAGCUCGUGCUCCCCCUGCAGCGUUAGUUCCCUCCCAGCACCUCGGCGGCUUCUCUUCAAGGAACCAGUUCCAUGUGCUGGGAAGAUAUUCUAAUACCCUCUGAGGAGGCUGUGCCAAACCAAGCCCAGUAAACCAGGGCUGCAGCUGGAUGUGGGGGCUGUGAUUUGUGUUUCUUCCUUAGACUCAUUAAAGGUGAUGUCUCUAA